AAGUCAAUCGACAUUUGGUUUUUUUCCCUUUAUACACAUACUUAAAGCAAAAGUUAAGUGUACACCGUUUACUCCAAACACAUAGUCGAUCAUUUCAAAACACCAACAUGGAAGCUCCGAUGCAACUACUGUCUUGGCGGUUCAUUCCCGUAGCUGUCAUUGUCUACUUCGGUACUCUCGUUUCGUACCGCUUGCUGCUUCAUCCCCUUGCUAGAUUUCCUGGCCCAAGACUCGCUGCUGUCACACGCCUAUACGAAGCCUACUUUGAUGUUGUUCUUAACGGGCAGUACACUUUCAAAAUUGUACAAAUGCACAAAGAAUACGGUCCGAUAGUGCGUAUCAGUCCUUACGAACUCCAUGUCAUCGACAGCACAUUCUUUGAAAAGCUCUACCGCCAAGAAGGUCGAUGGGACAAGUACGCCUGGGCGUACAAUGGUUUCUCGGCGAAUGGAGCAACGAUUUGUACUGCAGAUCACGAUCUUCACAAGGCCCGCCGCAUGCCACUCAGUCCAUUCUUUUCGAAAACCAAGGUGGCCCAACAGCAAGAUCUAAUUCGCCAGAAAGUCGAGCAGCUCUGCAAAAGGAUCUCACAAUUUUCAACCUCGAAAAAGGCCAUCGACCUGGGUGCUGCUACUAGUGCAUUCACUCGAGAUGUCUCAACUGAUUUCAUCUUGGCCAGAAAUUAUAAAAGUCUUGAUCAUGAAGAUUUCAACGCUGGAAUGACCAAUGUUUUUCAGGAUUCUGGUCACAUAUGGCGCAUAACUAAGCAUAUAACCUGGUUCGGGCCUACCAUGAAGUCUAUACCAAUUGACUGGAUAAUGAGAGUGGCUGACGAAGGGACUAAGUCUUUCUUCAGAUACCUUCAAGAUAGCACUAAAGAUACAGAAGCUCUCUUGACGGCCACAGCAUCUCCUUCGUCCAAUCUAGAUGCGAAGACUCGGCGCACAAUAGUCCAUGAAAUAAUGGACUCAAAGUUGACGCCUGCCGAUAAGUCUUUCCCUCGUGUUUUCGACGAUGUAGCUACUGUGACUGGUGCCGGCUUCGAGACAACUGCCAGCGUGUUGCGCUUGAUAUUCUACCACGUUUUCAGCAAUGCCGAGAUUCUCCAGAGACUCAGGAGUGAACUGAGGCCAGCUACUACCAACGAUCUCAAAGUCCUAGAGCAACUACCCUACCUAACAUCAGUCCUGAUGGAAGGAAUGCGUCUAAGCCCCGCCAUCGCUUCACGCAUGGCACGAAUCGCACCAGAUAGGGAACUCGUCUAUAACGGGUGGCAUAUACCGGCCGGCACUCCCAUAGGCAUGACAACUCUGUUGAUGCAUACAGAUGAAAUGCUGUAUCCUGAUCCAAUGCAAUUCAAUCCUGACCGCUGGAUGGAUCUUGACUUCCGGAAGAAAGCGGACAAGACUUAUGCUCCCUUCUCAAAGGGGACGAGGAUCUGUCUUGGUAUGCAUCUUGCAUGGGCUGAGAUGUAUCUGGUACUUCCUGCUCUUGUUCAACAAUUCAACUUCCAAUUUGACGGCACAAUAGCAGAGGACUUCGUAUGUGAGAGUGAUCAAUUUAUCAUCGGUACCAAAGGUAAAGGCAGUUUGAAAGCGUUUGUUACCUUGAACAAAAUCUAGUAUCAUCUUGAUAUUUCAUUCAUUCAAUGAGAGAUCUUGGCUGGCAGCGUAUUGUGGACUUUUCUCGUAGAGUUGUGUCUGUCAGGGAUCAUGUUCUGCAGUAUUUAGAAUGCAUUACCUCCCUAGCUUGAGCUAGUAUUUUACUGAGAGCAU